CGUUGUCGUAUACAAGUCGAUGCCGGCAAGGGAACAGCAGCUGGUAUGGUUUCUUUCAAUUCAAGCAUUUAACACAAAAUAGUUGCCCUUACUAUCUGAGCGUGAAUAGAACUUUAUUUUUGUCCUAUUGUCGUCUGAUAAAGUUGAAAGCAGUCGUCUGAUCUCCCAUUAUUAUUAUUUGUUAUUAUUAUUUGUUUCAUCUGUGUUCUUAUCUCGACUCGGAGUGGUAAAUAUAAAUUAAUAACAAAAGUAUAGUUUAGCAAGACGAUUGACGUGUAAACUACGCCAAAUGCAAUGAGAUUUAUCCUCAAUUAGAUUGAUUGAUGGUUCAUGAUGUGAUAAGUGAUGUGAUGUGAAGUGAAUAAGAAGAAUACAUACCUUUAUCAGUUUUCGACAAAAAUGUGUAUCACCUUCAAAAUAAAGAAAAAAUAUCGAGGAUACAAAUACUUAGGAUUAUACAACCAAUUGGUUACGUAAAAUGCCUUGGAAUUGUUUAUGCAGCUCGGAUAAAGAAAGGCACAAGCUUGAGAUAAGUGCACCGAUUUUAAAUCGAGAUGGCAGCGCAAAAAUAAUUCAAAACACAAAAAACGAUGGCAACUCAAAGAAAACCAAUUUCCCCCAUUUCCAAAGAAAUACCAAUCAGUCGGUGGAAAUUGUUUCGAAUAGUAAUUUUAUCGAUGACAACAAAUUGUACAUCAAGUUUGCUUCAAAGCAGCAAAGGCAACAACGCUCAAGAAAUAACGCAAGAAAUACCAAAGACGCAAACGCGAAAUUGCAAACUAGUGAACAGCAAAGCUCCAAUCCUGCUUAUACUUUGAAUUUCGUCAAUAAAACUAUUGACCUCAAUGGAAAUGCAUCAUUGAAUCAAAAUCAACGCCACGAGACCGAAGAAGACGACACAACUUACAGUCAACUUGUAUUUGAACGUCAUCAGGUAAACAAGUCCAAUGAGACAUCAUCAGGAAAUAUUUUGUCUUCAAAUAACCUAAGGAAUCCGCCGACAACUGUGACGUCAGUGACAGCAUCUCAUCGUCAUGAUUUUGAUAGCACUGGUCAUUAUGACAGAUUGCCUUUUGACAAAUCAUUAGGGUCCAAUGAAAAUAGUAGUUUCCAACGAACAAAUGCAAAUCACAUCGACCAACAGCCACAAGUGCCUCACAACCAUGACCAUCCCCACUAUCAACAGAACAACCAGAAUGUAUCAACAACAGGUGGUUUUAGUAUUCCGAAUGGCGUUGGCGAAGACGACUCGAAUACGAUUCCAUUCAUUGAUGAAGAAGACGUUGUAAGCAUCGUGGAUAAACAUGGCACGCACCUUCAAAUCAAUGAAGGCAACAACAACUGCUCUACUACAAGUCGCAUAAUACCCCUUCAUUCGAAGAACGUUGGUUCGAACCAAACAAUUGAGCGAGGCAAAUUGUUGCACCGAAUGCAACUUUCCAACGGGCCAUUGAGAAAACUCCCUUCAUCAAAAGGGAGCACUUCCCCUUUGUCAAACCAAAAUCCAACACAGAAUGCCAGUGGUGGUGGAAGUGUGCACAAUUUCCAAGCCUGGAAUCCCGCAAAGGGGAAACUUUGCCAAGUUUGUCACGAGUCUGCGUCCAAUGGCUCAAAUACCUUGGUGAAAUGUCGAUGUUGUGAUUUGGUAUGCCACCACUGGUGUGUGCCUAAGAUAAUGCCUAGUGUUCGUUAUCAUGAUACAUCUUUUAUAAUUUAUCGCAAGUGGUUACGUGCCGAAGAUGAAUUGGCUUUUCCCACCAUCCACAAAUACGUUCUUACGAGCGUUAAGGCCGAAGAUAAAAUCACAAAGCCCGACUACUACCUCACCGACAGCGAAUGCACGUAUUCGAAUCAAAUGGAAAAACGCAUAGAUCUAGAUGCGGUUAACCGAAAUAAGCGAAAAUCACGACGUCGAACACGAUCAUUAGAAAAACGCAAACCAACAACACCAAACGCUGUAGAUAACGUCACCGCAGGAUUUAUAGCAACCAAAUCCAAUGCUAUCAAAGACGACAACGACGAGUUGAGUUUGCGUGCAAGCGAAAAUAAAAUCAGUAUUCGCGUUGAAGCGAACGACGAUGAUGCAAGGGUUCACCAGCACCAAAGCCUAUCCGGCAAGCUACGCAUUGUUGAAGCGGAAAAGCGUUCAACACAGAGCACAGUUGAUGUUGGAGCCGGAGCUGUGCCAGCUGAGACUAGUGAUGAUGAGUCAGACGAUGAUUUUGGAUCAAAAGGCAGUUGUUAUGAUGCCAUUGUGGCAGAUCAAGGAAUAGAAUCUCAAAGAAAUCAAUCUCAAAGGGAUUUAAUUGCAGUGGAUGUGCACUCUGAACCUCGACCACAAUCAGGUUUUCAACGGAGUUCAAAGCUUAUUAUAAGAGAACCUACUGAUCUGAAGGAAACCAAAGAAUCCGUACCUGUAAUUAGUGAUAAGGAUAACGUAAGGAAUAUUGUGAUGGAGAGGCAGAUAUCAUGCACAAGUGAUGAAAGUGCUUCGGAAUCGUAUUCACUUGGGGAUUCUCCCUCUUAUGCAGCUAUAGGAAGAGGAUCUUCUUUGCGAAGUAGUCUGAGAAGUGCAACAAGUGCAUCAUCUUCAAAUUACUUUUUGAGCGAUCGUGCAAGUGAUGUUGGUGAUAUGUCAGUUUUUGAAUCUAGGAGCACAUUGCAGAAACCAAAUGAGGACAGAGUUGAUUCUAACCAGCAAAUACUACCGAAAUUGGAGACACAACCCUGGUCCACUCAAACUCUACCGGCUCCAAGUCAACAUCAGAAAAAAGUUUCAACUCCUGGCCUUCGACUCCACUAUGUUACUGAACGAAUUCUGGCCUACAUUCUACCCACACAAAAUGGAAAUUAUUUCGAUGAACACGAUCAAUAUGAAAAAGAAGUGAUACCUAUGCUCGAACAGAAACAUGGUCAUAACUACCAGCUCUUCAACCUCGAAACGUGCAUUUCUGUAAUAACUCUGGAAAGAAUCUGUGAAUUGUGCAAGCAUAUUGACAAAUGGCUUGGGAGUGGCCAGGAGAAAGUCGUUGUUUUGCAAGAUAGAGAGGAUUGUCAACGUUUAGGUGCAACCUUAAUUGCUUUCUUAGAAUACCUUCGAAUAUGUGCUUCCAACUACCAAACACGUCAUAUUAAUCUGAACGAAGAUGCCCAAGUGCAAAAUACAAUCGCAAGAAACUGGAUGAAUCUCGAUAUGUUCUCAAUGAAGAAAUUUCUCGAGGGUAACAUUGAACCGCUACGCAUCCCAUCAUACAAGCGUUACAUUCGAUACUUUUCCGGUUUGCUAUCUGGCCAAAUAAAACUAAACGCAUCACCAUUGCACCUUAAUUCGAUAGGUAUCGAAUCACCACCAUCUUUUCUGCAAUAUAAUGGUGUGUCUUCAAAAAGCGAAUGGAGUAGUUUUAUAAAAAUCUACGAAGGAUUACAGUGCGUUUAUACUUCCGAUGUACACAUCAUUCCAAUAACAACAAGACAAUUUCUAUAUCAAAUUGGAAAUUUACGUCUUCGAGGUGAUAUAUUAAUCAGGUGCUAUCAAAUCGGUUCCUCAGGUAAUAUCUACGACCUUGAAUCUAAGAAGCUUAUGUUUUCGGUCCAAUUCCAUACGUGUGCCAUUAAGACCGAUGAUGUUGUAUUUGUAAAGGAAGACUUAGAUUGUGCUCAUGAUGAGCCUCAAUUCCCGAACGACUGCAAGGUUUCAUUUCACUUUAAUUCUGGAAACAACAAUAACUUUCUGUUUCAAAGUCCACUAAUAAGAACGGAACGGCUAAACGAUAUUAAUAAGGCGAAUAGUAUUGAAAAUUUGGACUUAAACUCUUGUCACACCCAAGGCCCACUGGAUGGUUCCUUAUACGCAACAAUUCUAAAAUCACCAAAAUCAUCACAUUGCCCCAAUAACAACAACGACCAAUCUAUAAAAUCCAUUGCUAGUUUCGAUAAGAGUUUUGACUCGAUAAAUAACAAUAAACCAAUCAGAACAAGCACCCCAAUUAAAAACUCAUCCCGCACGGAAGUCACUUCCGGAAGAACCUCCUUUCGGGAAGCAUCGGCUCCAUUGCCGGCGCGAACUCAUAAUAACACUCAGAUAGAAAAUCGUCCUGGGACAUCACAAUCGAAUUAUCGUCAACAAUCAGGACAACAGACAUCUACUUUGUUGCAUCACCAAACAAACUCCGCCAUUGUUGUUCAAACCCCUGAUAGUAACAAUCGAAUCUCCCAAAAUGGCUCUAGAGAAUUUGUACGCAGUCCACUUACACUGUCCAUGGAUUCAGGAAUCUCAAGUAGCGGUGUAUUAAAUAGACCCACAUUAGCAUCAAGUGUAUCGCCAUCAAGUUUUCCUAGUCAAGUGAGCCCACAAGAAGAUCGCCAUCGUGAACUUGAUGACAUUUUGAGUGACAUGCUAUUAACAGUUCAAGAUAUACCUGACUUCCAAAAUCGUAAAUCAAGCACGCAUUCGAUUAACCAAUACGAUCGUAGUCAAAGUGUCGUGUCCCACGUUUCUGCCACCGCCUCCGCGUCAUCCCCAGUGUAUACGUUGCCAAUACAAAAUCCGCCCGCGCAAAAUAUCAAUCGCGACUUGAUACACAGUUCGCAUUCAUAUGUUUCACAGGAGAACGUGCAACGUCAUUCAAAUUCGAAUUCAUACAACAAACAAGAUCGGUUCGAUCCGUACGAUACAGCUAGUACAACAACCACGUUAACACCGCCACCAAGUGAAAGUGGUCGUGACACACCAAACCUGUUCAGUGGCUACCAUAGCAGUACUAGCAACACAUCGCGUCAACAACAGCAACAACGACGCGAAACAAACGCUGCAGCAACUAUGCCUUUGCAACAUAACCAAAUGCCGCCUCAGUCUACUUCGGGUUCGGCAUCGGUGGGUCAAAAAAAUUCGCAACAUCAGUCAGCGACAUAUCAUCGAGUAGUGCGGACGUCUAAGGAAAAUAAUCCGAUCACCUCUGAAGACGAGGAUAAUAUUCCGUAUCACGCGCGUGAACAUUCUCAACCUUUUUCCUACGGCAACCUUCCGUCGAACGGUGUGCAUUUGAACGACGUUUCCGGUCCCGAAAACCAACAAAAAGAUCCUAGAAUGAUAAAAGCUCAAUCGGGACUCACCAGUCCUAUGCUGGUGCGUAAGACAUUUGGUGGUACCGUUUCCAAUGACUCAACUUACAGUACGCUGCGAAAGCCUGAUUUCGAAGAGAUGCUCCGUGAGCGACGCGAAAAAGUUAUGAGUGAAAAGUACUCGAUUAGUGACAAGCAGCCUGUUGCAUCAAAUGGAUAUCACAACUAUUACAAUGACCCAUUGAAGCGUUCAAAUACUCUGGAUGGAUUCCAUCGCAGCACAAGCACUAAUGAACUUUCCGGACAAACAUGGCUUCAGUUGCAACAACAAAAACUACGCGCAAAGAAAAAUGCACAGCUAAAAGAUGAUCGAAAAUAUUUUGAAGAAAUCCACACUGAAAUUAAAAAUAGACCACUGAGAUUGAGAAAUAAUGCACGAUAUGAUGGCUAUGCCAGCGAUACAGCAGCUUUUGAUGAGGUCGAUUUUAGAAGGCCGCUUCAUGUACAGACUCCGUACCACACAUCGAACAGUUCGCCAGAACGUCACUAUCAUACAAUCAGCACGACAACAAAAACUGUCACUAAGGAGCGACCAUUUGUCGCUGUGAAACGUUCCCAUGAGACUGCUAAGCAAGAAAAACUUGGAUCACCGUCAUUAUCGCCACUCGCUAUUUUAAAUGCCUCUCCACUUGGCCAUAUUGCACACGCACAACAAAGCAAUAAUAUUCGUAACAGUAACAGUAAUAUAAAUAACACUAGUAGUAAUAAAAAUCAAAAUGGACUGCUGUCAUUGGCAGAAUCGCCUAUGAGUAACGGACGGGCAAGAUUGGAGUCCGAUAACCAAACAAAUAAUGUCCAAACGAAUAGCUUAAACGCUGCUAGCGCUAAAGCAUGUGCUAUCUCUUGUAACAAUAAUCUCAAUUCAGAUGUUAGUGUCGUUAAUAAUAAUAAUAACCACGCCAAUAUCACCAAUAGUACCAUAAAUGAGAUUCACCUUAAAAUAAAUGACAACAAAACCAUCAUAGAUUAUAAUUCCACUGAUACUUCUAACAAUAAUAAUAUAAAUCAUAAACAAAACAUUUGUUACAAUUCAAAAAAUUACAAAAUGCCGCCAUAUCAUGCCAAUAAUAUCGAAAUCUCGAGCAAUCAUAUUCAUCAUAAGGAAAGUACAAAUUUUGAAAAUACCUCAGCAGCUCAGAAUGGCCAAAGUGCCUUGGAAGAGCUCUUAGCCACAUUGGCAGUAGAAACAGACUUAAUGAAUCAACAGCUGAUACAAAAUAAACAAGAAAAACAUAUCGUUAAUGAUGUCAAUGAAAAUGGAAAUAUUCCGACAAAUCAUUCUGAGGAGCUUCAUUCGAACAAUCAGAAAGCAAAUCAAGAACUUUCUGACGUCAUUGCUGAUUUGGCUGAAUUCACAAGAUUCGAAAAUCAGCGUUUAGCUAAUGGUUAUGGUGACAGUUUGAGUAAUAACAGCAGCGAUAGUAGCAAUUGUAGCAAUGUAAAUAACUUACAAAAAAGGUUACUUUCUGAAUCAGAUCAAAGCUCAUCCAUAUCGCCUAGUCCAUCAGAUAGAAGCAAUCAUUUAGCACUGUGGCAUGAGCAGGUCCGCGAAGAAUCAUUUUCUUCAUAUCGGUCAGAAACCGAUCAAGAUUUAUCAAUAGCUGGUUCUCCACGUCCAGAAACUCCAGCUUUUCCUGUAACUCCACGAACUCCAUAUGGGCUUCAUAAUGGCAACAUUAGUCCUGGUAUUCCACCAAGAAGUCCAACACCACAACGACGUCUAUAUAAUUCGACAUGGUCAUUGAGGAGCAUUAAAUCAACAACUUCGACAUUAGACAGGAGUGUAACUUUUCAACAAAAAAACAGCAAGGAUAUCUAUGGGGGUACCCAGAAAGGACUGUUCCAAGAGGUUUCAAAUCAAAAUGACACGAUUUACAGAACUCGCAUGAACUCGAAUGCAUCAAAUGCAAACAGUGAACCCCAAGAGGUUGCUCCUCAUUUGGUGAAAUUUGUUCGCGAUUCAUCGAAAUUCUGGUACAAGCCCAAUUUGUCGCGCGAAGAAGCUAUAGAUCUUCUUCGUAAUGCCACUCCUGGAACUUUUAUAGUACGCGACUCGACAACAUUUAAAAAUGCUUACGGAUUGGUUGUACGAGUUGCACAACCUCCGCCAGGAGUUACAGCAUCACCCGGAAGUGAUGAACUUGUUCGCCAUUUCUUAGUAGAACCAACAACUCGUGGUGUACGCUUGAAAGGAUGUGCCAAUGAACCAGUGUUUUCAUCUCUUUCAGCUUUGGUUUAUCAGCACUCAAUUACACAAUUGGCACUGCCAUGUCGUCUUCUUAUUCCAGAUAGCGACAUUCAACAGGUUAAUAUGCAUACACCAGCACAGAAGCAGCUACUUACACAAGGUGCAGCUUGCAAUGUUCUCUACUUAUAUUCUUGUGGUACAGAAUCUCUUACUGGCGAGGAAGCAGUUCGUCGAGCUGUUGCACAACUUUUUUCAACUGUCCCACUUCCGAAACCAACAGAAGUUCACUUCAAGGUUGCACAGCAGGGUAUUACCUUAACAGACAAUACUCGGCAGAAGUUCUUUAGAAAACACUAUACCGCUCAUAAUAUUUCAUUCUGUGGUACCGAUCCGGAACAUAGGCAAUGGAGUGUAAGAACUGAAGAUGAAGGUCUCACAGUCAGCAAAAAGACAAUCUUCGCCUUCGUUGCACGACGGUCGCCCAGCUCAAAAGAUAACCAAUGUCACGUCUUUUGCGAUCUAGCCAUUACUCAGCCAGCAACAGCUAUAGUUUCUUUUGCGAAUAAAGUUCUUCCCACUGAGCAGCAACCAAACCGAAAUAUUUAGAAACAACAUGUUAUUUUUUUUUCAAAUAUGCAACCAUGUUGAAAAGCAUGAUAUUGAAUAUUUUGUAGGCUUAAUGUAGUUCGCAUUGCCAGCUUGUUGUUGUUCUUUUAUUCUUAUUUUUUUAAUAUCUAGAUUUAGUUAUUAUUUUAUUAUUAUGUUUAACAUUUUUUUUACUUUCUUUAUCAAUUUUUUUUAAAUGCUUUAAAUAUAUAUAUUGUUUCUGUCUAUUUAUAACGACAAAAAAAACAGACUAUUAAAUUUUUUGAAGCGCAAAUUAACAGUAAACAAAAAACCCUGUAAUAAAUUACCUCAGAACGAUUGCUUGGCCAAAGUUUAUUUUUCAGCGAAAAAAUAACAACUUUUUGGUAGACAAGAUGUAAAAAAAAACAGAAAAAUUGCAAAAAUAAAGCACACACUUGAAGAUUUUCUAUUGAAUAAAUAUUUUUUUGAUUAGUUUAAUUUGCACAGCACCUAAAUUAAUUAAUUUAUAAAUAAUUUUUUACACUUGAUAUUUUUUCGCACGAAAACAAAUAAUAAAGCAUGUAUAAGAGGAAAAACCAGUGCAAGGCCUUACACACGCAAAAGUACAAUUAUCAUUAUUUAAAAAAAAAAGAUACAACUUCCAAUCCAAUAUAUAUGUAAUGUACGUAAAGUAUAUGUGUUAUAAAUCUUUAAAAAAAAAAGUUAAAAUUAUUUAUUAAUGAAAGAGCAACUAAAAAUAAGUGUACUAGUCUUCUUCUUUUUUUUUUUGUCAAUAAAGAUCAGCAUAAUGAAUUCAAAAAUCGUAUUUGUUUUAUAAUUAACACAUAUUUUUUUAAUUAUCUGUAUAAUGCCAACCGAAAAUUAAAUAAUAACGAAUUAUAUGUUUUAUUUAGAUACGAGUUUUUAUUAAAUAAUUUUGAAUUCAAUUUUUUGCAUAUGUGUAAACUAAUUAUUAUUGCUUUAGAACUUAAUUUUUAAAGGCAGCUAGAAACACGAUGAACCUGUAAUAUCAUUGAUGUAGUAUGUUUUAAUGGAGUGUAAGUUAUAAUGUAUAUAUUCUUUAUGCAGUAAAAUAAUUAUUAACACA